UUAUCAAAACGUGACAUUGAAUGUAAAGAAGCAAAAAUAUUCUUUAGAUUAGGUUGCAAAGAUGAACAACAUUAUACUGAAGAAUUUUCCCAACGUUUGUCGAGGCUGCUUGAAGGACCUUCCUUUCGAUAAACUUAUUUCGUUGGAUUGCGUUCCUAUCGAAUGCGAUGGUUUUUCCGUUGCGGAGUGCUAUGCAGAGUUUGAACCGGAAAUUCAGCGGGACAGCAAUGACAUGCUCCCGUCGGAGGUUUGUUACGAUUGCUUGCACGAACUGAAAUACUUUUUGAGUUAUCGAAAACGGCAAAAGUUUCUUGCAAAACUUAUUGCUGCAAUGGCUCAGUUACGCCAAGGAAACAGUACUUUACUGGUGGAUUUGUUCUAUGAUGAGAUGGAAUACAUGCAACAGGUGUUUCAGGAGCUAAAUCUUUGUGAUGGGGAACUUCUCUUGGAUGAUUUGGUUUGCAAUAAGGUUGAAGUCGUUAGCGAGGAAAUAAGCAGUGAAGAAGAAAAUGAUGACGCUGAUGUUUCCGAAGAAAUAGUUCCGCGGAUAGAUGUUAUUGAAAUUGCCGCAAAUGCGAAGGCAGGUCGUCCAAAAAGAACGAUCAAGGUCCCUAAGCGUAUAUCAGAGGCUUUCUAUGAACGAAAAAAUGAGAAACGAAAAGAAGAAAAUAAUGCCGCAGAUGUUUCCGUUGUGGUACAACAGACAGAAGCUGUUGAAACGGUAGCAAGUGCCGAGAUUGGUCGUCCAAAGAGAACGAUCAAGGUACCUAUGCGGAUAGCAGAGGCUUUUCGUGAACGGAAAAACAGGAAACGAGGAGAAGCAAACGAUACCGCUGAUGUUUCUAUUGCGGUACAACGGACAGAAGCCGUUGAAAUGGUAGCAAGUGCAGAGGCAGAUUGUUCAAAGAAAGCAGCUAAGGUUCCUAAGCUAAGGCACGAGGCACGACAAAUUGAGAAGCAAGAACAAGUAACUGAUGUCGCGGAUGAUUCCGUUACAGUACAACGGACAGAAGUCUUUGAAACGGAAGGAAAUACCAAGGUAUGUCGUUCAAAGAGAAUGACCAAAGUUCCUAAGCGUAUAGCAGAAGGUUUUCAUGAACGACACAAAUCUAAACGCAGUAGAGAUCGACCGAAAAAAAGCGAUCAAUCCAGAAUCAUAAAUCAGCAACACGAAAAACAAGAACAGAUCGUAGAGAAAGAUAAAAUUAAUUAUAAUAACUUAUUUUCCAAAGUUGCAAAUUCUGAGCCAGAGGGAAAUGACGAACUGUCUGAAACGGAUCCGUUGACUGACCAAGCAACUGGCUUCUGGAAUAAACCUAAUUACAUCUGCAAGGUGGAAAAUUGUCAAGCAGGAAGCUUCGCUACCCGCGCCGAAAUGGUAUUGCAUAAAAAAGAUCAACACUGUGGAAAUAUCUGUGAAAUUUGUGGCGAAUCUUUUACUGCUCCAUCAGGGCUAAAGAACCACAAAAAACGGCAUGUUGGUCGUUCAUAUAGCUGUUCGUAUUGUGAUAUUAUACUGUACACCAAGACUGAACUAAAUGCACACAUUCAACGACGACACGUAAAAAGUAAGGAAAAGUCCUGCUUUAUAUGUGGAGUUCACUUCGCGGACAAUCGCCUUUUGGCUAGACAUAUGGAAAUACACACAAAUGAAAAAUGUUUUAAAUGCAACCUAUGCGGAAUAACGUUGAAAUGCAGUAAUCACAGAGCGCGUCACAUUGCAGAGGUACACCUGAAUAUAAGAUACACGUGCGAACACUGCCAGCAAUCGUACGGCCGAAAAGAUAAACUCCGAAAUCACUUGGAGAAGACGCACGGUAUCCAAUCCUACUUUGUUUGUGACAUCUGUCUAGUUUCGUUCGAAACGCAGAGUCGGUUGGAUGUUCAUCGAAACCGUCACAAUAAUCCCAAACAGUUGGAAUGUGCCAUUUGUUUACUGGCGUUUAAAAAUCUCGAGAACCUCAAUGAACAUCUCUGUAUCUCUUAUCGGGACAAUUACAUUUGUUGCGAUCGAGAUUGGAAAAAUCAUCAGCAGUAUAAUAAGCAUCAAAUGUAUGUGCAUGAUGUCAGAACCAAUGUACGGGUUCGACCAGAUCCAAAUAAGCUUAUGGGUGAAAUACGUGGUCAGCGGAAACAACAAAUUCGAUGUCCAAAGUGUGAGAAACCGUUUGGAAGUCGCAUAAAGAAAAAACUGCAUGAGAAAACCUGCACGGAUAGUUCGCCACUUAGUUUAAAACCAGUAUUAGUGAAUAUAUCGCUGAAGUAA